GGAACUUCAGCAGAACAACCAGCAGCAGCGUGGAGGGACAUCACAGAGGCCUGUGGAUUUCCCGCUGGCAUAUCCCCAACUUCAAGAUCAAGCGCAUUUUCCUGUCAUGGGUAACUCUGCGUCCACCAGCUUCAUCAUCCCUACUCCCAGGAAACUGUCCUGGGGUCGGCAGAAGGAAGACCGUGUCAAGCUGGAUGACUUGUUGACACAGUGCGAGGAGGAUCUCUGGAGAGCCAAACAGAAGAAGCGUUUGUCUAUGAAGAAGGUCCACCUCACUCGCAGCAUCGGCUACGUUGAUCUGGCUGUUCAGGAGUGUAACAGCUUCACUCCAAAGAGGGCAGAAAUGCUGAACCCUGCUUUUGUUGGAGAUCAGGGUCUGUGAAUGAACUGAAAUCACCAUGGCCAAUCAGAACCCAACCAGAGGAUCCUCUCGACUGUGAUGUUUGAGGGAGGAACUGCAAACAGCUUAUCUGUAGAAAUGUGAUCAAAAGCGAAACCUUGUGGGAGUCAACACAUUUUAUUAUUUCCAUUUUUUGUCGAGACGUAAGGCAAGAUCAGCCCUCCACAUUGUAACUUAUGUUGGUGACAACAGAGACAAGGAAAUCCUGUCUUCACAGCUCUCUGUUCAUGGUGCACACAGCGACAGGACAAGAUGGAUGCUUUGAAGUGGCGUCUGUUCUUUCUUUGGCUUUGCGUCGACGUAGUUCAAACUGAAGCUUCGUCUUGGACCAUUAACCUGCCAUCCACAGUUAAAGGUCACCCUGGCUCCUGUGUGGUGAUUCCCUGCUCUUUCAGCUACCCAGGCAACAAAAAGGAUGUGACUAAAUUCACAGGGAUUUGGAUGGAGGAAACAAAUCAUUUUGUCUAUCACCCAGACAAGUCUCAAAUUGUGCAGCAGUAUCGGGAUCGCACAGAGCUGCUGGGAGACAUCACGCACAAGAACUGUUCACUGAAGAUUGAUCGGCUUCAGCAAAGUGACCAAGGCCCGUUUCAUUUCCGGAUUGAAUUGGAAAACUUGAACAACUUUUCUUACAAGGAGCACAAAGUCUCCAUUGCAAUGAUUGGUAAACCUGAUCUGGCUCUCUCUAUCUCAGGGGACGUAGUUGAGGGUCAGACUGUGGUGGCGCACUGCUCCGUGUCUCCCUCCUGUCCCAGCCCCCCCCCUGUCUUCAGCUGGAGUCACUCUGGAGAGGAACAUUUUCACUCUCUGCAGUUUGACGACGGCCAGUGGAAAGCAACAGCUGCUCUGACCUUUCAACCAACCAAUGCUGACCACAACAAGCCUUUACUGUGCACCGUACAAUACAGCGGAGGGCAGCAGCAGGAAACAUCCAAGCUGCUCAAAGUCAAACAUGCCCCAGUGAAUGUGAAGGUUGAGUACAAGUCUGAUGUGAAGGAGGGAGAAGCUGUGCAGCUGAAAUGCUCCAGCGAUGCUUACCCUCGUGCCAGCAGCUAUGAGUGGUCCAGUGAAGCUGGUGUUCAGCAGCAUCAGGGAAACAUCUACACGAUGCUUAACGUCUCCAGACACAUGGGUGCAUUGUACUGUACUGCCAUGAAUACAGUCGGACAAGGCAAAUCUAGCCUUGUGCAUCUCAGUGUGUUGUAUGCCCCUGAGAUUAAAAGUGUCUCCUCCUGCUCCUUAGAGGGGGAUAUGGUAAAGUGUGUGUGCAUUGUGGAGUCUAAACCUCCCUCUAUGGUCCGUUUUGAGCUUUCGGAAAGAGUCCUACCAGGAACCAUAAUAGAGAGACACGGCUCUGUCACCAUUGGAACUCUGCAGGGCGACUUUGAAUCCUUUGAGUUUGUCCACUGUCUGGCAAACAACACGGAGGGCUACGCCAACCUCGUACUCUCUCUACCUGUGAACGGUGCGAAAAAGCAUCUCUAUAUCGCCAUCGCCAUCGGAGCAUGUGUGGUUCUGGUGAUACUUUUAUUGGCUGUGGGACUUAAAAAAUGUAGGGGAACAUCUGGGGAUACACCAACACCUCACUUGGGCACUGUGAGGGAUAACAAAGAAGAGCUCUCUGAAUGCGCAGCAGUAAAAAGAAAAGACAUGAACUAUGUGAUGCAGUACCCUGAACAAAAUGUCAACGAUCAUGUGUAUGGCAACACGGAGACUGACUGGGAUGAUGCAAUAUAUGCCAACAUGUAACAUCGCUGAGUUCAGUGCAGCUGCGGUUCCUCUUUGAGGUGAUGUUGGUCAAGACAGUUAUGAAGAAAAAUACAUACUGAUAUGACAUUUUCUGUAUAUGUUAAACAAGCAUGUGAUUAUUUUUCUGUGUGCUGGAAUUCACAGAUGAAUUUUUCAGAAAGAGUUUCCUGUCUUAAAACAAAUUUCUGAUUGACGCACACUUGUGUCUGCAUUUCGCUGUUUGCUUUUCGGGUCAACAUUAACAUCCUUUAUGUUGUGGCAAAUCACCAUUAAAGUAUUGCAAUUAUACUUGUAAAUGUGGUACUCUUGAUUUUGUGGUUGGUUUCAAAGCAAUAUUACACAAAAACCAUUGCACAGAUGCACAGAGAACUUGGAGGAAGGAUGUG